AUAGUGAAUAAUUGAACUCGGGGGCGUGUCGAGAGGGUGGUCCACAGUUGUUGAUAUAAAAUUCUUGCCAGAAACCUAAACACACGUUCCAAUCAAAAUGGCUUCGAUCCCUGGGCUGCGAGUGGUUCUCCUCGUUUCAUUUUCUGUGUUUCUCACUGUGGUUUUAGGUUUUGGGCUGCCUGCUCUGCUCAACGCGGUCAUGUGGCUUCUCGGAUUACCAGAGACCAGUGUCUCGGAAUGCAUCGUUGGACUUUAUUUAGUUUUUGUUGCAUUUGUUGCAAUGCCCAGACUUCCUAGAGGAUGGGUAAAGGUGGAUGGCAAAGCUGUGUUGAUUACAGGCUGUGACAGUGGAUUUGGACUGGGACUUGCCAAACAUUUACACAUGCUCGGCUUCUCAGUGUUUGCUGGCUGCCUUUUGAAGGACAAAGGAGGAGAUGGUGCCAAGGAGCUGGAGGAAAUGCACUCAGACAGAAUGACAGUGCUGCAGCUGGACGUGUGCAGUGAGGAGCAGACAAACCAGGCAGUGGAACACAUCAGACACUGUUUAGGGGACCCGGAGAAAGGGCUGUGGGCAGUGGUAAACAAUGCUGGUGUGUCCACAUUUGGAGAGGUGGAGUUCACGUCCAUUGACACCUACAGACAGGUGUUUGAGGUGAACCUGAUAGGCACAAUCAGAAUCACUAAGGCUGUGCUGCCUUUGAUCCGCAGAGCAAAAGGCCGAGUGGUGAACAUAGCCAGCAUGUAUGGAAGGAUGGGAAACAUCAUGCGUUCACCGUACUGUGUGUCCAAAUACGGUGUGGAGGCCUUUUCUGACUGUCUUCGAUACGAGAUGAAAACCUGGGGUGUUAAAGUGUCAGUUAUUGAACCAGGCAACUUCAUCGUGGCCACAGGAAUCCUAACUCGAGACAUUGUGGCAAACACAGCCAACAAGUUGUGGACUGAGGGCCCUCCCUGUGUGAAAGAGGACUAUGGGAAAGCCCGGUUCGAGCAGCAGAUGGCUCUCAUGCGCUCCUAUUGUAAUAGCGGACAGAAAGACAUGGCCCCUGUUUUAGAUGACAUCACUGACGCCAUUACAUCCAAGCGCCCGUACACACGCUACAUGCCCAUGGAACCACACUGGUGGAUCAGAGUUCAGCUCAUGACCCACCUGCCCAGUGCUAUAUCUGACCUCCUGUAUUUCUAACUGCACAAGUUCAUCAGUGUAUUCUGAAAUGAGUAACAUAGAAAACUAAUGACACGACGCACUUUGCACUACACACUUGAUGAUCAAGAUAUGAUUUUAUUGAUGAAUUAUUUUAUAUUUGCAAAUAAUUUUGAAAGAAUUAAGUGUUUAUAUUGACAAUGAACUGAUAAUCAAAUAUGCAAAAA